UAGAAACGCAUUUUCAAGUCCUAAGCGAACCUCUACUUGUGGCAGCAUGUCAAAAAAAUUUUCAUCCAUCCAGGGAGUGAGUUCUCAUGCAGAAGUUUUGAAAAUAUUGAGAGAACGUGAAGAAAUUAAGUCAAUGUUGAAAAAAUAUGAACGCCAUGUGGCAGAAAUUCAGGGUAACUUCAAAGUUUUAACAGCUGAGAGAGACAAAAUCGUCAAUCUUUAUGAACGGGCACAGGAAGAGAUUUCCCGACUUCGUCAGGAAGUUAUCAAAUGCCCCAGGACUCCUAAAAGUACUCUGACAGCUCAAGCUAUGUUAAGACAUGUGGAGAUAGAAAGGGAUACAGCACAGUCAGAUUUCCGAAGGAUGACUACAGAACGUGAUAGCCUCAGGGAGCAGUUAAAGAUUUCCCAAGAUACUGCGUUUAAUGAAAAGGCUCAUUUGGAACAGAGAAUUGAAGAGCUAGAAACCACUAUUCAAAAUUUAGAUAGUGAACGGUUAGAACAGAUGUCCAAAGUGGCGCUAAUGAAAGACACCAUUGAUUCUCUGGAAACUGACAUGAAAAGAUUGGCAAGAAGAGCACUGGACUCUGAAACUCAGCUGAGCCGACAGGAAGCUGAAAAUAUUUCACUUAGUUUAUUGAAUGAAAAGACAGAACAGAGUCUUUCAGAGACUCAGCGAAGCCUUGUUAAGAAAAAAUAUGAAAUGCAACUUACCCAAGAGAAAAUUGUGCUUUUGGAUGAAAAAAUUGAUAACUUUUCAAGACAAAGUCUUGUACAACAAGAGGAGAUCUGUGCUUUGAAAGAAACAGUUGCACAGCUCGACAGAGAGAAGGCAACUUUGCAAGACUGUGUGGAAGAAGGAAGAGAGAAGAUUGCUACUUUUGAGGAAAGCCUGGCAAUUAAAGAGAAAAUAAUUUCAGAUUUCAAGAUUCUGAUUUCUGAGUUGGAGCGUUCCACAAAAAAAUCUGCUGAAGCACUCUGUGUCUGUGAGAAAGAUAUCACCAGUUUGCAUCAACAACUACAAGAAACCAACAAAGAACUUGCACAGACUAACAAGAACAGAGAAUCAUUAGCUCAGGAGAAUGACAGGUUACAAGAGCAUCUUUCUAAUAUUAAGCAAGAAAAUCAGGUACUAUAUAAAAAACUAGCAAAGUACCAAAAUGAGCUUGACGAUAUGAAGUUGAAAGCCCAGGAUGCAAACACAGAUAUUGUCAGGCUGAAGGGUGUACUGAAGUCUAAAGAGAGAGAGAACUGCGAGCUUCUGGAGAAUUACCACAAAGCCCGUGAACAAGGAGAAAGUUGGGAAGCAAAAUGCCAUCAAGCAGAAGCAGAUUGUAGCUCUGUUAGACAGGCACUGAUCAGUGCGGAGUCUGAGAACCACAGGUUGAAAGAGAAAAUGGAGUCCCUUGAAAGGGAGAUGGAGCAACAUUUAACAACAGAAGCAGCAUACAAGUCUCAGAUUUCUGCCUUAAGCAAGUCUCUUGUGAAAAUGGAAGGAGAGCUUCAAAACAUACAUCAGAGAGUCUCCUUACUUGCAAAUCUCGCAUCUACACAAGAACUUUGCAUUAAACUAGAUGCAGUCAAAGAACGAUUAACUUAGCAGUUAACUUCCACAGCAGAAAAAUAGCAUCGACUGCAGAGCAAGUGUGAGUCAUCCCAUUCUGAAAUAGAGCUGCUGAGAAAACAACUGGGAAAUGAAAGAGCAUUUACAAAAAACCUGGAAUCUUUGCUUGUGUCCAGUCGUGAGAAAGAAUUUCAGUCACAGAUAGCAAAGCAAGAAAAAGACUCUGAAAUUCAGUUUCUCAAGGAACAGCUUUUUUUAGCAGAAAAUAAAUUUGCUGUGCAGAGUCAACAUUUUACUCAGCUCAGAAAUAGAGCAGCUCAGCUAGAGUUGGAACUGGAUAUCACCAAAAGACAGCUGGGGACUGAGCGCUUUGAAAGGGAACGUGCUGUAGAGGAGCUUCGACGCCAGAAUCGUACAAUCUCGUAUCAGUUAAGCUCUACGUUAAGAACAUCAUCACCUGAACAUUCCCAUCAUCAGUCUCCUGAUUGGUCUCUGGACUGGUCCCUGGAAGGAUUGUGGAGGAAGGUUCCGAGCAAAGAUGAAAGGACUCAGCAAUGUCGUUUAUUGUGGCGUGGUCAGCCUGUUCACGUAGCAGUUAUUGCUGAAAUAUGUGAGCGCUGUUGCCUGGGGAAAUUUCAGAGGAUUGAGAUUGCGCUGACAGUGGCUGUACCUCUUGGACGAUUCAUGUGGAUGUUGAGGAAGAAACUGGCCUCUGAGUCUGCAGCCAGAGCCCUGCAGAGGGAAUGCAGAGGAAGAUGCUCCCCUUCUCCACCGCCUCCCGCUGCCCUCCCGCAGCUCCAGACGGCUCUCAUUCUGUCCUCGCCGCUCCUUCAUGCUAGGAUGACCCAGGAGGGCGAACCGGUCCUCGGGCUGGAGACAUGGCUUCUUGUUAUCCCUGCAUCCGAGGUGACUCCAGGUUAG